GCCGGGGGGGCGGGGCCCGCCCCUUUCAUGUGCGCCGGCGCCGCGCUGAUUGGACGGCCGCUUGUGACGUCGGGGACUGCGGGCCCCGCCGCUGCGGCAGCCGCAGGGCCGGCGCGGCCCCGGCUCCGGCUCGCGGGCACUUAAAGGGGACGCGGCGGCCGGGCGGGGGGGAUGGAAGGCAGGUGGAGGGGACGGCCCACACGCACAUCCUCCGCGGCCCCUCCGCACCGGAGGCACUCGUGAGCCGGGGCCCCGAGAUCCGAGGGCGGGCAAGACACCGCGUCCCGUCCCCCCCCCCCCCCAAUUCCCGUAAGCGCACCCCCGGCUGCAUCCUGCGCCCCAAUAAUCUCCGCGAGCCCCCCUCUCCACUCUCCGCGCUCCAAACUCAGCCGGGACAGACUCCUGCCGCCGCCGCUCCGCGCCCUGCCAGAGGAGCUCAAGCUGCUUUGAUUUGAGGAGACCCUGUGCUGCUUUGAUUUGAGGAACUCUUCCGGGCGACACAAAAUGAUUUGAUCAUCCAGGACAAAGCUGCUCUAGAGGUCUUGGAUGUGCCCGCGCCUCUGGCCGAGGCCCGCUAACCAGCCUGUCCCGGGCCGGCGCCCGCUCUCGCUUGCCCCCUCCUCCUCCUCCUGCUGCUCUUCCCCCUCCUGCUCCCAGGGCGGCGGCGGGAUGGCCGCGCAGGGCGCGCCGCGCUUCCUCCUGACCUUCGACUUCGACGAGACGAUCGUGGACGAGAACAGCGACGACUGGAUCGAGCGCGCGGCGCCGGGCCAGCGGCUGCCGGAGGGGCUGCGCGCCACCUACCGCGAGGGCUUCUACAACGAGUUCAUGCAGCGCGUGUUCCAGUACCUGGGCGAGCAGGGCGUGCGGCCGCGGGACCUGCGCGCCGUCUACGAGGCCAUCCCGCUGUCGCCGGGCAUGGGCGACCUGCUGCAGUUCGUGGCCAGGCAGGGCGCCUGCUUCGAGGUCAUCCUCAUCUCGGACGCCAACACGUUCGGCGUGGAGAGCUCGCUGCGCGCCGCCGGCCACCUGGGCCUCUUCCGCCGCAUCUUCAGCAACCCGGCCGCGCCCGACGCGCGCGGGCUGCUGGCGCUGCGGCCCUUCCACGCCCAGCACGGCUGCGCGCGCUGCCCCAGCAACAUGUGCAAACACAAGGUGCUCGGCGACUACCUGCGCGAGCGCGCGCGCGACGGCGUGCACUUCGAGCGCCUCUUCUACGUGGGCGACGGCAGCAACGACUUCUGCCCCGCGGGGCUGCUGGCCAGCGGCGACGUGGCCUUCCCGCGCCGCGGCUACCCCAUGCACCGCCUCAUCCAGGAGGCGCAGAAGGCCGAGCCCGGCUCCUUCCGCGCCACCGUGGUGCCCUGGGAGACCGCGCACGACAUCCGCCAGCACCUGCAGCAGGUGCUCAAGGCCAGCUGAGGCGGCCGCCAGCAGGGGGCGCCGCGGCGAGGCGUGGGGAAGGGAGAACUAUCGGGAAAGACAAAUCUAUAGUUUUGUAACUUCCUUGCCCUUUCGCUUUGGUAUGCCCACCCCCCCCACACACACACACACACCCUGGGAAUUUUUAGAAAUUGUAGGCCCGUGCAUUCGGGGGGUGAAGGAGGGAGUGCAGAGCAUCCCAACUAUCCAUGCAGUUCAGCUCUGGAGGGCAGCCCCAACCCGGGGGAUGCGCGUUCCUGAGAAGGUGGCGGCGUUUCCUAAAAGCUCAUCCGUCCUCUGGCCUGGGAGGAAGAGGCUUCCUUGCAGGCGAGAGAACGUUAAGCUGCCGCCGGGCCCGUAACCGCCCCACUCCCAUCCUUAGGUCAAGAAAGCUUCCCGCAUUGGACUCCCCGCGGAAAAAGGGGAAGCUUUCCGCCCGCAGCCCCAGGCCUAGGUCUCGCUUUGCCUUCCGCGAUCCCACACUACAUACACCCCUUUUCUUGCCUCCCUUCCUCGCCCAUCCGGCCAGUGACCCCAAAGGAAGAAAAGCCAGAUGGAACAGUCGCCUCCUGGUGGUGGAACGAGGUAGCACACUGUCCGGCUCGGGUUGGAGCAACCGGGAACCUCGCAGCGGUGCCUGCCUCGGUGUCUUCGCACCCCAGCCUCGUCUACGCAACAAGAUCAGGGACAACCAAGGCCACCCCCGUGGGCUGGGCCCUCCGCGGCCCCCUCCUCUCCUAUGGAACAGAAAGCCAUGAUGUUUUAAAGCAGAGCCAGCGAACCCCGAGCCCUCCUCUUUGGUGUGUUAGAGCUAUUAAAGCAGGUGAAGGAGGA